AUGCCUGCGCCGUCCACUUCCACGUCCACGUCCACAUCCACGCCAACAGUGGCCACGGCGGAACCCCCCAGUGCCACCGCCAGCUCCCACCUGCUUUUGCCUGGCGACCCCUCUUUGACCGCCAUCGACUUGGACCACCUCGCCGGGGGCUCGUCCCCCACCCACCACCACCUGAGCGCCUCGUUGAGGGAGAAGCUUUCUGGGUUUUCAAUGCCUUCGAUGCCGACCAUGUCAAUGUCAAUGUCGGGUCUCACCCUUGGUAUGAGUGAAGCCGAAAAUGUAGGCGCGAUUGGGAAAUGGGAACCGGCACGCGACCUGAGCCCCUCGGUGCAGAACGGCGAGAAGCGGAGGAGCUUCACCCCAAGUCCCAGCCGCUCUCCCGGACCGGUGGGUAUGAGUCGUACCAGUGCCGCGUCCAGUCCAGUCGAGGACACAUACACUCCGUCGCUGUCUACCUCCCCCUCAAACUGGACGUCAACCCCCAUCUCAACCUCAAACGGCUUGGACGGCAGCGGGAUUCUUUUGGAUCACUCGGCCUACCCUCACGUCAUGGAGUCCAUACUCCACUUUGCGCCCCGGUCGGUCCUCAUCGCUCUGCGGAGAACCUGCCGCCGAUACCACGACAUGGUAGACGACCUUUUCUGCUCCGAUGUGCGCAUCACUGCCCGUCAUGGUGUUCAGUCGGAAUACUAUGGCGACAUCCCUGCUCUCGGCCACCAAUUGCCUGCCGGUGACCAGAGGUCCGGGUCGCGGUUCCCCGGAGCAGCGGCGUUGAAGGAUGACAAUUACCGCAAGACACUCAAGAGGGCAAAGCGGGUUGCGAUCCUGGACCAACCUGAUAUCCCAGCUCGAGACUUGCAGGCGCUGUCGAGUCUGUUGCAACACGUCCAGGUGGCGACUAUAUCGGGCGCGUACGGUCUCCGCCGGGGCGCAGGAUGCUACCCUGCCGCUCGACACCACGUCUAUUUCCUCGUUCCCGAUACCCUCGCCCAUUCAGAAAUCAUCGCCGAACCAGCCCCACCGGUGCUGCCCAAAGACUUGAGGUGGCUCCAGCUCGUCUUCUUCUGCACAAUGUCCCCCCUCGGCCGCCUCGAGAUUCCCGUGCCAGUCUUCCCGCCCGGCGUCGCUGUCGUGCGGCUGCGGUUCAAGCUCAAGCACCACGUUCGUAAAGGCCAGCCGGCAGAGACUCGCCAGGCGUCCACACCUCCAUGGGGGUUCCUCCGGCCACUCGUAGCAAGGAUUGCCGAAACGGCUCCGCUGGGAAUCACGUAUUUCGUCGAUGGGGUCAAUUGCUUAUCGCCAGCCAGUUUGAGUUUGCCCGAUCGGUGGGCAGGACACCUGGAUAGGCACCUGAGGGAGGAGAUAGACACUCUCAUGAUCCUUGCUGGCUUGGAGGAUGACGAGAGGGAAAGGGCGCUGGAGAACGUCAAGCUGCGGAACCCAAGGGAGUCGGAGUACCACCGUGUUAUUGAAGGAGGCAAGGUGUAA